AUGCGUGUCCUCAACACCGAAACCCUAUUAUUCGAACGGAUCGAUCCCGCGAAGACGGACUAUGCCAUCUUGUCGCACACCUGGGACCACAAGAACGGCGAGCAGACUUACGAACAGCUAAGGAGGAUUCAGGCGCGAUACACUCCAGAGCCCUCGCCCCCUACUCAGAAAGGCAUCAAGAACGCAUGUGCGGUCGCACGCAAGGCGGGCUACCACUACAUCUGGAUCGACUCGUGUUGCAUCGACCAGAAGAGCAGCUCCGAGCUCUCCGAAGCGAUCAACACGAUGUUCACGUGGUACGGACAAUCGCUCAUGUGCAUCGCGUACCUCGCAGACGUCCCCCCUGUCACCAAGUACAGCAAUCGGGCAUCGGAUUUCCAACAGAGCCGGUGGUUCACGCGCGGGUGGACGCUCCAGGAGCUCAUCGCACCUGUCGACGUGGACUUCUACUCCGCGGACUGGCAGCUCAUCGGGUCGAAGCACGAGCUGGCCGACGUAGUCGAGGAGAUCACCGGAAUCACCUACGAGGCGUUGUUGCACCUCAAGCCGCUUGAGGACUUCUCAGUCGCUCAGCGUUUCUCUUGGGCGGCCAGGAGGGAGACCGAGAGGAUUGAGGACCGGGCGUACUCGCUCAUAGGGUUCUUCGAUAUCAAUAUGCCCACCCUCUAUGGUGAAGGCAGACGGGCAUUCCGACGCUUGCAGGAGGAGGUCAUGCGGCGAAAUCCGGACCAGAGCCUCUUCUCUUGGGGA